AUGCCUCCCAUGCCUGACCUCUCCCACGUCAGCGCUCACCUCGAAGGCGUGGCCGACCAGCUUCGUCGACAGUUUGGGGGCCCCGGUGGCGGUCGCCGUCCUGGUCGCACCACCGGUGCGGUCCCUGCUGCAGCUAUAGCUCAGGUUCACGACAGGAUCAGCGAUCUUGCACAUCAGGUUGAAAUGAUCCGCAACGACAUCAAUACACGUUUGAGCCGUCUGGAAGCCUCUGACUGGAACCAGCGAGUUCGACGUAUCAACCUUGGGCGGCCCAAUAACAAUACGCGUCUAGCACCUCUGUCGCAUCAUCUCACAAAUACGGCGAUUCCUGGGUUCCCGCAGGACGACCAGGAAUGCUUCAAUCUGAGCGACUUGGAGGUUCAGCGCAUUCUCCACUCCCUAGGUCACGCCGGUCACGAUGUGCAUGCGCGUCGGAUCCUGUUGGAGAACAUCGUUGGUGUCAAGGAGAAGUAG